UUGUUGUUGCUUGUUCUUUUUUCUUUUUUCCAAUAUGUAUUCCUUUAUUUUCUUGUUGACAAAGGACCAAGGCGUGCGCAUCACAAUAACUCGGAGCAAAUUCGGAUUGUUGCAAAGCGAUUGGUUCAGGUUAAUCGUCAGGUAUUAGUCGCAGAUCUGCACUCUUGUCGGAACCACGUAAUGCUACCUCGUUUCUGGCCCUGGACAGCUUUCAAUAAGAGGAAUAAUUCGCCCAAAACAGAGUCAGAGAGCAAAAAUUCUGAAAUGCAAUCCAUCAAUGAGGUCGAGGAAAAACUAAGUCGAUGGGAUAAUGAGCGUUUGAAGCAGCAGCUGGUGGCAAAUCAGGCCAAAAAGAUGAUGGCUUUGCUCAAAAGUGGUGAGCACUAUGAUUGCACCUUCCAAGCUGGUCCUCCUGGAAGCUCAAAGCAAGGCCUUUUCAAGUGCCACCGAUUGGUUCUGGCAAUGAGCAGCCCUGCUUUUGAGACAAUGCUCUACGGCCACUUCAAAGAGGCUGGAAAGGGACGAGCGGAUGAGCCUAUUAAUAUGCCAGACGUGGACGUUGUGACCUUCCAUGCUGUCCUUAGGUUCAUCUACGGUCGAGAAACUGUAUGCCUGACUGAGAAUAUGGAAGUGGCCAUUUCUAUUCUGGAGUUUGCCUCCAAGUGGCAAAUUCUCGGAUUGGAUCAGUUGGUUGACUCCUUGUUCCUUCGUUUUGAUCUCUCAGCUGAAGACUUGCUUGUCCUGCACCACCUCUUCUACACCCACAGCUUGACUGAUGAGCGCAAAAAAAUUAUGCAACAUAUCUGUGAAAGAGGCAGUGAGGUGCUUAAGUCAUUGUCUGCUGCUCACAAUGACACCGUCAUUGAUAUCCUGAGACAGGACAAAUUAAACUUGUGUAGCGAAAAAGACUUGUACGACGCCCUUGUGGACUGGGGUGCUGCCCAAAUCACCAACUCAGACAAGAACCCUGCAUUGAUUAGGAGCCACGUGAAGACUUUGCUGCCCCUCAUCAGAUUCAAGUCCUUUAGUGUCAAGGACUUUGCCCAGCUCUUCAGAGACCCUUCAGUGGUCACCGACGAGGAGAAGCUGAAGAUUUUCUCUAUUCUGCACUUGGAAGAAAAUGUUACCCUGAGAUACUUUGAUCUGAAGUCACCCUGGAGAGGAAUGUUCAACCCUGCAACUCAGCAAUUAACCUCAUACAAAGCUGAAACCCCUUUGCAAAUAAUUGAAUCCCAAGGGGAGCAAAUUGCCUUCUCCAACGUUAAGUGCAGCAAGCGCAUUUAUCUGUUCGGCGUCGGAAUCUACAGUCUCUGCCAUCUCAACAAAGGUGCUGAAAUGCAUCUCAGGCUGACGGUCCGGCAUAAAGAACUUAACCCUUUGGCCAUAGUCGAUCACCAUGUGAUGAGCAACAAUUUCAGCCACAAUGACUUGGCCAAUUCAAUGAUCAUGCUGAAAAACCCAUGCCUGUUGGAGGGUCACACAAUGUACAACGUAACUGUUACCCAUUUUGCUGGGGGCUUGAGGAAGUACGCAAGUUUCAGCAAACCAAGUGAAUGGAAAAUUGCUUUCAAAUCUACUUCUGAAAAAGUAAUAAAUAGAGAAGAUGGUGAUGAUGAUGAAGAAGAAGAAAGAGAAGGUUGCAGAUGUUGGAUAUUUGGCUCCGAGACUCCAAUAGUUUUCGGAAAUGAGGUGGUUGCUUUGCAAUUCGCUGAAGCAAUGAAUCAACAGUAACAGUUAAUACUGUUGGGAGCAUUUGAGAUUUUGGCCAUUGUCAACUGUGCAGUGACAGAGAUUUUCUGUUACUAAAUUUAAUUAAUUCAUGCAUUUUGACGUUCUAAGCUUAUAUAUAUCUAAGCACUGCACAUUAGUUUUCAAUUUUUGUCAAUAAAAAAUGUUAAAAUAUAAUAUGUAAACGAUGAUAACAAUUAUUUAUUUUCCCAGUUAAAUCUC